UCGUCCAGUCAACACAUGUCCGCGCGAGCGAAAGAGAAAGAAACAGAGAACAGUAAACUGGUUAAAAAAUAUAUACGGAACGCUUGAAAUAAUAAUUCUUUUUUUUCUCUUUUUUUUAAACUUCGAAGACCGUUAGUAGUACCUUAAUAGACAUCGGCGCUUGUUGUCGCGUUGAAUCACAGUAUCUGUUGUUUAUUAAUUUGUGUUGUGGAAAUUCCGAGGGCUCUGUUUGCGAUAUGUUAGUGCACGUAUCGUAGCUUAAUAGUGUUAGAUAUUAAAGCUGUAAGCAAACAGUGGAAGCGCUUAUUUAUUGCAGAUUUAUCAAUGAGACCACCUGCAGUUGUCUUAUAAAACGUUGUUGUUUUUCGAUCGUAUUCACAUUCGCUGAAUUCGGCGGAGGAAAGUGAACUGUAACAUGGGUGUUAAUGGAGGGAACUAUAGAGGCAGUGAGUGUGAUGAUAAGAAUUAUGAAAUGGUCCCCCCUGAAGGGGGUUGGGGGUAUUUGGUGUGCGUCGGAUUGUCUGUUAUAUUUAUAGCGGGUACUGCCCAUCAGCCUGUGUUUGGUUUCAUUUAUAAUGACUUUUUGGAUGAACUGGGGGCGGGUACAGGGGCUGUUACCGUCGUUUAUGGAGUGUUCCAAGUCACAGUAGCGUUAGCAGGUUUUUCAGCAAACAUAGCUCUGAAGAAACUAUCUUUAAGGCAAGUUGGUCUGAUAGGAGCCAGUAUUUAUACUUUAGCGUCAUUUUUAGCUAUAUUUGUUACAUCAACAACACAAUUGAUAGUAACAAAUGGAUUCCUACAAGGACUCGGAAUGGGUUUACUUAUACCAAUAUCAUAUACGAGUUUCAACAGCUAUUUUACAAGAAAAAAAGUACUAUACCUAAGUUUAUGUAAAGCUUCAAUAGGACUUAUAACUAUGGUUUAUCCAUUGUUUAUAAAAUUUACAAUAACAGAGUACGGCUUUAGAGGGACAUUGGCUAUUUUGUGUGCGAUAUCUGCGCACAGUAUAUUUGGAGCGUUAGUAAUGCAUCCAGUGAAAUGGCAUAUGAUCAAACAGAUAAAAUCUUGUGAAAAGAUUGUUCUAAUCCCGCCCACGCCUGCUACAGCUACUGAAGAAAAUAAAUUUAAUUUUCCAAAAAUUAAACAUAAUAAAACAGAUGAAGCGAAGUCAGUUGAAAAUUUAUUAAUAGCUAAUACAGAUAAACAAAAAGAUCGAUCAGAAUUAUUACUAGUACCGAAAUUAGUUGACUCUAGAAGACUAAGUAUACCCGUAGUUUUAAUUCCUGAUGACCCAAGAACGGAUAGUAAAUUUAAUUCCAACGAUAAUGUUUAUUUAGAAAAUCUAUACAAAGCGGCAUCUGUAUCCAGUUUAGGUAACUUUGGUGGUAUUGCAGCUGAACCAAUGCCAAUAAUUAAAAACAAAGAAGGAAAAUGGCAAACUGUAGCAGACUUCUUGGAUUUAACACUUCUGAAGGAUUUGGUGUAUGAUAAUAUCAUCAUUGGGAUGUCUUUGACAUUCUUUUCUGAUCUGACUUUCUUCACGCUGGAGCCCUUAUUUCUGGAUAAAAAUCACCUUGAUAGGGGACAGAUAGCAAACAUCAUCGCCACCGGUGGAGCAACUGACAUGUCCGCGCGACUAUUAUUAGGUGUAUCUGGCCAAUUCUUCAAAAUGAACAGUCGCUACAUGUUUUAUGUGGGUGCUCUUCUAACUGCCAUAUUUCGUAUAGUUUUCGUACAAUUUACAUCAUAUAUUCCCCUAUUAGUAUUGACUGGGAUUUUAGGAGCCAUAAGAUCCCUUCUGCACAUAGCCCAGCCAAUUGUGAUGGCGGAACAUGUUCCUAUAGAAAGAUAUCCACCUGCUUACGGCUUGUACAUGCUGUUGGCUGGCGGAAUUAGUUUAACUAUCGGACCGAUGAUAGGCUUCAUUCGUGAUUACACUGGAAACUACGUUUUAGCUUUUAGCAUGUUGACAAUGUGCAACGUCCUAUGUGUUGUUCCGUGGACUAUAGAGGCUAUAUUAAAAUAUAUGAGGCAUAAAAAAAAUACAAAAUGUGUUCAAGGUUAAAUGUAAGAAUUAUAGUCACUUCGGAAUAAUUUCACUAUUCGUACAUAACAUAAAAUGUAUCAAAAAUAUUGCUAAAAUAAAUAAUGAAAAGAGGUUAAACAAAGACAACCUUCAACAUCGAUUAUGAGUUACCACCGACUCAUAAAUUCCUCGCCCACCCGACACCACCACGCCUCGUAAUCGCCGCGACAUUCACUCGUCGCCACCUCGACGUCGCCCAAGGCACGGAUAAAGAUGUUAGCAAAACGUCAAUCUCGCUUCCACGGGUUGACGGUGCGCGGUCAUCGAGGCGUCGGCGAGGCGUCCGCUCACCACCAAGCUGACCGCCACGUCGCAAGUGAACGGUGCACCGUCCUCUUGUCAAGACGGCAGCGAGGCGGAUGGCACGUGAAUAAGCGUCGCUCUAUGGCGGUGCUGGAUGAACGAGGAGUAGAGCAAUGCGCCUUUAUCUUAAAAUUACAUCAAAGAGACUCGCGAUAUUCAGUCGUGAUAAGCGAUAGUCCAAUAUUAUAUUAAAAUCAUUUAAUCAAAUUGAAGAAGACGAUGUGCCAUAUACGUAGUUGUAUUAUUAAAACUUUAUUUGGAAAAAGAAUCACUGUCCCUAAAACAGUAAUAAAAAUGUGCUCGGAUGCAAGUUGUAAUAAUUAACAUUGAUUGUAAGCAAAAAAUAUAUAACCGAAGUACCCAAGUAAGCACAUAAAAGACGACGAAAUCGCAUAAGAUAAUGUAAAUCCGCGGAAAAUUAAGGACCACUAAGACUAGGGAGUUAGACGUUAAUUAUAAAAA